GAGCAGGGGCACUUGAAUAUUCUGGGUUUGUGAGGAAAAUGAGGACUCUUUCGAUCUUCAUCUUUACUCUUUCUUCAUCCAAAGCAAAAGCCCCAUCAACCUCUUGGAGAAGUCAAGCUCUGUGCCCUGCCUCCAACAAAUAUAUUACUUCUCUCCUUGCUCUUCAUCAAAGCUUACAUUGAAACGAAUACAGUUUUCUCAUUUGGGUUAUGGACUUUGUUGUAAUAUUUAAGAAUCAGUAAUGGUUAUAGUAGGGGAGUUUGUAGGGGGUGCAGCUCUUGGUGCAGCAUUUGGGCUGUUGUUUGAUGUUGUGAAGAAAGCAGUUGACAAGCCUAGUACCUUUAGAUCCCUCUUUGAGAACAUUAAAUUUUCGCUAAAGUUUUUAAAACCAAUGAUCGAAAAGAUAGGACAACAUAACGUGGAAUUGGGUCUCCCAGAUGAAGAAAUAAAGUAUAUUAUAAGAGAAAUGGAGGAGGGCGUAAAGCUUGUCCAGAAGUCAUCAAAGAUCAGUAAGUGGAACUGCAUGAAGUUUUAUUACACGGAUCAACUUAUUGAACUAGAUGGGUCUCUUAAAAGACUGUUAGAUAUAUUGAUAGUGCAAGGAUUAAGAGAUGGGAAGGAGACCUUGAUUUUGGCAAGAAAACACCAAGACCAACUUAUUGAAUCGGCAAGAGAUGCAAAGGAGACCUUGGUUUUGGCACAAAAGAACAAUGACCAGCUUAUUGAAUCAGCAAAGGAUGGGAAAGAGACCUUAGUUCUGGCAAGACAAAAUGCGGACCAACUUAUUGAUUCGUCAAGAGAUGGGAAGGAGACCUUGGAUUUGGCAAGACAAAACAAUGUCCAGCUUAUUGAAUCAGCAAGGGAUGGAAAGGAGACCCUGGUUUUGGCCAAGAACAUUAAAAGGUUUCUCAAACGAAUUGAAUGUUUGGUGCGUUGUACUUAUAAAGGAAAUUCCAGAUAUCACAGUGGGAGCAGAGUUUCAAAAGCAAGCAGAAGCUCAGGAAGAGGUCGAAUUUUGGAGACAUCCAACUUAAGAGUUUACCAUUUUGCCGAGUUGAAGGAUGCUACUCAGAAUUUCAGGCAAGGUGAGUUUGGUUGUGGAGGCUUUGGGAGUAUGUACAAGGGUUGGAUGGAUGAAAAGACGCUUGCACCUUCUAAGGUUGGCACUGGAAUGGCCGUUGCUGUCAAGACAUUUUACUCAGAAAGUAUCGAAAGCAUUAAACAGUGGCAGCUGGAGCUGAACUUCCUAGGAAGGGUUUCUCAUCCGAACCUUGUCAAGCUAUUGGGAUACUGUUGUGAGAAAAAGGAGAUGUUCUUAAUUUAUGAAUUUGUUCCGAAUGGAAGCUUACAUAGUCAUCUUUUUAACAGCAUUUCUGUCGAGGAACCACUUUCUUGGGACAUCAGACUCAAAAUAGCUAUUGGAGCUGCUCGGGGAUUAAAUUUAUUGCACAGUAUACAAAUCACACACAGAGAUGUCAAACCCUCAAAUAUAUUGCUCGAUGAGGAUUACAAUACAAAACUAUCAGAUUUUUCCUUGGCAAAAUGGGGGUCAGCUGAUGGAGAGUUAGAUGUGUCUACAGGGGUUUGUGGCUCAAUAGGAUAUAUCGAUCCAGAAUACCUGAGAACAGGUCAUGUGUGUGUGAAGAGCGAUGUGUAUAGCUUCGGUGUUUUGCUGCUUGAGAUUCUGACAGGAUUAAAGUCCUUCGAUUUAAGCCGAUCUGAGGAAGAAUUUAGUCUGGCUAGGUGGGCUAUACCACUUUUGUGUGAUGAAGCAAAGUUGCAAACCAUCAUGGAUGAGCAGAUUAAGGGCCAAUAUUCCUCCCAGGAAGCAUUGCAGAGUGCACAGCUUGCUCUAAAAUGUUUAGAAACAGAUCCUGAAAGCCGACCUUCCAUGAAAGAAGUUGUGGAGCAAUUGGAAAACAUUCAGGCAUUGAAGGGAAAACCAGACCAGUCCAAGCUUACUACUAUGCAGUAUUCUUCUAAUUCUUAAUGAUGAUCCUUUCUUUUCUUUUUUCUUCUGUAAUCACUGUUUCUCACUUCAAAAUGUCCUGGCAGUGAAUGAACUUAAUCAUCUUAUACACCUCACAAGAGGAAAGUCCUAAAACUGGAUCCUACUGAUCUUAUGUAUUAGACAUUGAAUUUAGAUGCAUAAACAAUUAUCUUCAUUAUGUAUCC